CGGAGCCCCUGCCCCUGGAGGUCAAUACGCACACUAUAAAGAGGAUCUGUAUCUCUACGGUCAGAGGGCGUUCAACAUGCCCCCUGAUAGGCACUAUCGGAUGCUGCACGUGGCAGGUGAAGAACAACCGCCCAUCGUUGUGCUGAGCGUCAUCGUCAUCGAGGCCGAAGGACUGGAGGCCAAGGAUGCAAACGGUUUCAGUGACCCGUACUGCAUGCUGGGCAUCCAACCGAUGGCCGCCCCGUCGUCUCCCCAACCAUUAACCCCCAACCGGACUCUGUCGGACGUUUGUGGCGGCAUGACCGGCGACGGGCCCUUGCAGGCCAAUCACAGCAUCUGUGCCGGCGGCGAGAAGCUGCGUAAGCACCACAGCUUCAAGCUGAGCUUCAAACGGAAGGACGGACGCGUCAGGGAGCAGAGAGACAGCAUCGGGGGGGCAUUGCCCGCCAAGUUUAUAAGAGCCACGUCCGUUAAGCCGCAUACGCUUAAUCCGAAAUGGAACGAGAAAUUUCGAUUGUAA